AUGGAAGUUAAUGGCUAUAAUGUUAAUGCAAAAUAUGUUGGGGCAGGUGAACAAGAUCUUCCUGAUUUUCCAGACAUUAAAUGGUAUUCAGAAUAUGUGUGUGAGAGCCAAUACUUGCUUCAAAUUGUAAAAUGUAGAAAUACAGAAUGCCGUCGUCCAAGAAGUGGUCUAUUUAGAUUACUAGACAAUAGGUUUCUUCCACCACCUGUAAAAGUAAAACAAACAGUUGAUGACUUGGUUUUGGAUGAAGCAGGGCAAUUUGUUAAUCUUCCAGUCAAUUUAGCUCUACGCUUAAGUGCUUCACUCAAAGAUUUCCUGCAAAUGCCCUACGAGUAUUUCUGUCCGACGGUAGGGGAUCAUUUUAAUCCCGACGAGUGGAUGAAGAAAAUUCAACAGGAAGACGAUCUUCGAGACAAUAUUAGAGCCAAUCUUCCUUAUAGUGAAAACGAUUUUAAUGAGUUUGUUCAUAUUGAUGACCAAAAGGAAAAUAAAGAUGAAGAAUCUGUCGGUAUGGAACUGAUACCAACUCCAACCACAUCAGAAGCACUUCGACAUAUUGACAACUUCUUCCUUGAAUUGUACAAACAGUGGAAUAUAAGCGACAAUGACUACUUGAUUACCUGGAAUCAUGAUGGCGAGAAGAGAGGCGAAAAGCAGCAGUACGGAGGACAUUCGCUCGUUCCAGGGCAUCCUAAUUCAGAGAAAUUGUUCUCACGUGUCGGCGAAGAGCCCCCCAGACUUAGCCGUCAUAGUCUAGGAGGUGCUAAGGACAGUGCGGAUGAGAUGAUGUGUAUGUCGGCGGUAUCGCGUCACAAAAGGGGACACGACACUUUGGAAGCGAUCUACUUCGGUACUAGCUGCUGGCGCUGGCCGUCUUCCGAGGCGGCACUCGCGACGAUGUGCGGACUGCCAUUUUAA